AUGGCCAACAAGAGACAAAAGCUUGAUAUAGACUACAAGGACAAAUUCUAUCAAGGUCUUUUUGACCAAAGUUCGACUGAAAAAAUCGAAAAAGCGUUCAAGGAAUCUAAACCUUACCUUCAUUGCAAGAUUGAUCAUCUUGUCAACGACACACUUUUACGCAAAGUUCGUCAAGAAAUCCUUUCUAACUUGCAUUUCACUUUAAAAGAAACUGAUAUUUACAAGGUCAAUCAAACAGGCGAUUUAGCUAAUUUAGAUGGUCUUCCAAAAAAUGAACUUGAACAACUUUCAAGUCUAUUUGAACUUCGUAAUGCUAUUUAUUCAAACGAAUUCCGUCACUUUAUCUCUCAAGUCACUGACUGUGGUCCUCUCUCGGGUUCCAAAAUGGACAUGAGUAUCAAUUCCUAUAGAGAAGGCUGUCAUUUACUAAACCAUGAUGAUGUGAUUGGCACACGUCGUGUCUCUUAUAUUCUUUACUUGACAGAUCCUGAACAACCUUGGCAGCCCAAAGAAGGUGGUGCCUUGGAACUUUACCCUGUAAUUGAAAAAGGUACACCUGCCAAUGAACCUACUGUUGUCAUUCCACCUCAAUGGAACCAAUUUGUGAUGUUUACUGUUCAGCCUGGCCAUUCUUUCCAUUCAGUCGAAGAAGUUGUGAGUUCUCGUAACCGUCUAAGUAUCUCUGGCUGGUUCCAUAUCCCUCAAGAAGGCGAAAUUGGGUAUGUUGCCAAUUCAAAAGAUAGUGAUGCUGCCAAGUCUUCUCUUGAACAACUUCAAGAACAAAAAGACACAAGUGAUAAUUUCACAAAAUACACCAUCGAAAACCCUCAAGAAGAAGAGAUUGUGGGAUUGACGGAAGAUGUCUUGGUUGAUUUGGCUGAAUGGAUGAAUCCUCAAUACCUUGAUUUAGGUUUGAUUUCACAAAUGUCGGACAAAUUUCUAGAAGAAUCCGCUAUUCAAUGUAAAGAAAUCUUGAAUGAAAAGACACUGGCUCAAUUGAUCAAGGCCACCACAGACAUGGAUCAGAAAGACACAUUGACAGGCCAAGAUGGUAUUGCUCCUCAUGGUACAGGGGUAGGUCAUGGUUGGAGAGUAGAAGGACCUCCUCAUCGUUCUCGUUUUAUGGUCUACCAAAAAGAAGGAGAAGAGGAUCCUAUUUUUGAUUACCUUCAGCGUCAAUUUGAGUCUGAAUCAUUCCGACUCUGGUUGGCUACACUCACUCAGCUCUUACCUGUGGGUUACCGUGGUCAAGUACGUCGUUUCCGCCCAGGUCAUGAUUAUACACUCGCCACCACCAACACUAGAGGUCAAGGGGUAUUGGAUGUUACUUUUUGCCAUGUUAAUAAGCCUCAAGCAUGGGAAGAUGGAGAAAAAGGUGGCUAUGAGUGUUACAUGGCUCCCCAUGAUGAAGAAGAAGAUGCGGCUGUUUACAAGGCAGCUGACGAAGAUGGUGCGCUUUUGACCUUACCUGCUGGUAGAAAUGAAUUAUCGCUCGUGCUUAGAGAUGAAGGUAUCAUGCGUUUUAUUAAAUAUGUGAGUGCCAAAGCACCUGGAUCUCGUUGGGAUAUUGCAUUUGAAUAUGAUUUGCCCGAAGAAGACGAAGACGAA